UCCUGCAUCUGCCACGUGCCACUGGCACCAUGCAUCUGCUCCUGGUCCUCGUCCUGCUGGCCCUGUGCUGGCCCGCACAGGGCACCUGGGACAACUGUGGAGCGAGCUGCGGUCUCCGGCCCUUGGCUUAUCACUAUGGGACAUCGCGUGUCGUGGGGGGCACAGACGCCCGUCCAGGGGCCUGGCCAUGGAUGGUCAGCAUCCAGCAAACCUCGUAUGCCGACUGGGCUCACGUGUGCGGAGGGUCCCUCAUCAGCGCCCAGUGGGUCCUGACUGCAGCCCACUGCUUCCUCGACCUCAGGCCCGAACUCCUCUGGCGCGUGGUGAUCGGGGCCAACCGGCUGUCUCAGAUGGGCCCGGAGGUCCAGGUGCGCCACAUCCAGCGGCUCGUGAUGCACGAGCACUACAACAACAUCUCGCAGCUGAACGACAUUGCCUUGCUGGAGCUGGAUCACCCAGUCCAGUGCAGCUACUAUGUACAGCUGGCCUGUGUGCCCGACGCCUCACUGAGGGUGUCGGAGCUGAAAAACUGCUACGUCAGUGGUUGGGGCUCCACGAAUGCAAGAAGUUCCCGACAACCUGAUGUCCUGCAGGAGGCCCCCGUCCACCUCCUGGACACCCACCUCUGUAACAGCAGCCGGUGGUACGCAGGGGCCGUCCACAGCAACAACCUGUGUGCUGGCUAUGCCUACGGGCUCAUCGACACCUGCCAGGGGGACAAUGGUGGUCCUCUGAUGUGCAAAGACAACUUUGGGGACUACUUCUGGCUGGUUGGGGUGACCAGCUGGGGGAAAGGCUGCGCCAGAGCCAGACAGCCCAGGAUCUACACCUCCACACAGCACUUCUACGACUGGAUCCUGUAUCAGAUGCUCCCUCAGACGCGGCAGUCCUACUUCUCGUACACGCAGCCGCAGGUCGAUCUAAUUCCGGUGCUGUUGGUGGUGGGGGCAGGGACAACGGUGGCACUGGUGGAGGGGCUGCGGCCACCGGAGCUGGAGCUGCUGCCAGAGGGGGGGGGGAGCUGCCACCAGAGGUGGAUUGUUAAAAUCUGGAGGUGGUUCAGGAUGGCGUUAGUCCCGACCUGACCCGACCAGGAGCCACCAAAGCGGUGGGGCGCCCCCCCCUAGAUCAAGUCAGAAUUCAGGAACCAAGACCAUCCCGGACGAGCCCCCAGUUGUGAUAAAUGAUUUUUCCUCAAACAGGAUUCCAAUUAAAGUUUACAAUUUAUUAAACGAGUAAACAGCCCUGGGUGCACCGGGAGUCUCCACUCAACCAAGGCACACACGUGCAAGUCCCGUUUUGGGUUUAUAUCGCUUCUCCUAAUACAUAUUCAUAUAAAGGUUGGCCUAUGCUAAUGAUAGGCCUGUCUUCUUUGGCGCAUGCCCUCCUCACCUUCUGGAAUCUUCUAUGUGUUUUCCUUGGCUCCUUGACCCGACUCCAGGCGUGUGCCCCACAGACCCCUCCCGCUCAGCACCAUGCGGCCAGUAACAAAAACUGGUUUCCUUAGGGGUUCUUACAACAAACAGAAACUACAUACAUACAAUCCCGCUUCUCCCAAGCCCGUGGUCAUACGAGGACAAACAGAACAGUUAAAGAUAUUAACAUGAAUCAGGUGAACACAUUUCACACUUUCAUGAUGAGGAAACAGAUUUGGCCUUUUUUUAGCACAAAAUCCUGUUUGUCAGUAGAUGUUUCGUUUACUCUGAAGGGGAGGCAUAAAUCUUAUUUGUCAUCUCUCAAGUGCAAUGAGAUUUGACUGCAAACAUCAUCUGAACUAAAGGUGGUAGCAGAGAGUGAGUAGGGCAAUAGUAUUAAAAAUAAGAUUAGUUUUUAACCUUGGUCCUGGCACUGGAGAAUGGCUCAUUCUGGCUUUCCAAAAAUGUGAGUUGUACUUUUUUUUUCCUUUCUUCUUGCCUUGCCUUGGCACUCAGAGGCUGAUCCCAAAGACCAGGACAAAAAUUACAUUUGGAUUCAAGGAAUUUAUGCUGGUCUUAUUUGGUACAAGGAAAUGCAGAGGGGGGCAUAUUGCUGGCUUAUCUUCAACUUGGUAUCCACCAGGACCCCUAGGUCCUUUUCUGAGAAGCUGCCUUCUAUCUGGGCAGCCCACAGCACAUACUGGUGCAUGAGGUUGCGCCUCCCCAGGUGCAGGACUGUGCACUUCUUGUUGAACUUCAUGAAGCUCCUGACAGCCCAUUUCUCCAGCAUUCUUUGUAAAGAAGAUGGAGAGGUGCUCCAGCCCUCUGAUCGUCCUUGUGGCCCUCCGCUGGACCUAUUUCAACAGGUCCAUGUCCUUCCUGUUCUGAGGACUUCAGAGCUGGAUGCAGUACUCCAGGUGGGGUCUCACUAGACCAGAGUAGAGGGGUAGAAUCGCCUCCCUUGACCUGAUGACCAAACUUCUUUUGAUGCAGCCCAGGAUACAGUUGGCUUUCUGGGCUGCCAGCACUCAUUGCCAGCUCAUGUUGAGCUUCUCAUCCACCAACACCCCCAAGUCCUUCUCCUCAGGGUUGCUCUCAGUCUAUUCUCUGCCCAACCUGUAUUUGUGCUUGGGAGGAGGACGUUGUGCUUGGCCUGGUUUUAUUUCAUGAGGCUCACACAGGCCCACUUCUCAAGUCUGUCUGGGUCCCUCUAGAUGGCAUCUGUUCCCUCCAGCAUGUUGACAGCUCCACACAGCUUGGUGUCAGCAAGCUUGCUGAGGGUGCACUCAAUUCCACUGUCCGUGUUGCCAACAGAGAUGUUAAACACUGCUGGUCCCAGUACUGACCCCUGAGGCACACCCACUAGUCACUGGUUUUCACUUGAGCCAUUGACCACAACCUUUUGAGUGUGGCCAUCCACCCAGUUCCUUAUCCAUCGAGUAGUCCAUCCAUCAAAAACUUUCCAGUUUAGAGACCAGGAUAUCAUGCAGGACAGUGUCAAACACGGCGCAUAAGUCCAGGUAAACGAUGUCUGUUUCAUCUCCUUCCAAGAUGUUGACUUCCAAGUUGAGUCCCUCUGAUACUUAUGCUAGAAAAGCAUAGGCAAAAUAUAGAAAGACAGCUUAAAUGAAAAGUCAGAUGCUAAAGCACACGAGAUAGCUUGCAAAGAGAGGGCCUGUAUAUGUAUUUUACUCCUUUGUUUUGUUGUCCUUUGAUCUUUUGGUGCAGCAGUUAGAUACUCAAACUUCAUAACUGGGUGCAGCAAUCAGAUGUUCUGGUGCAACUCCUGCCAGAGAUGACUUAGUACUUUACAUUGUCUUUUACAGAUAAAGGUGGGCUUUAUUUUUCUUAUUUGCCUUGAAACAAUUGUCAUUUAGGUAAAGAGUGUUCUAUUUCCAAAUCUAUUGGUUGCACCAUAUAAUACUACGACUAUAUACCCGUAAUGGCAAAAACUUCUGCUAAUCUAAAUGUAAAAAAUCUACUGGUAUAUACUACUGUGACAGUAUAGAAAUAUAGCUAUAAUAAAAUACAGCCACAAUAAAAAUAAAUGUUGCUGUCCAUAAGUCUGAAAGCACUGUAAUGACUUUGAGAUAAAGAACACUAACGGUGAUGACUGUUUAACUCUUGGUAGGAAAUCUAGGAUUUCUAACUUAUUUUGGGACAUUUUAUAUGCUGGAUCCUUUAAACUUUUGAUGGAAGAUACGCAUGCAUCUAAACUCCUGAGAAGUAAUUAGUUAUACUUUAGGAUUAUUUUUUAACAUUUUGUUCUAUUCCCCAAAUCCAGAAAUGUCAUUCUAAACAUUUUACCAUGGUGAGGUAUAGCUUCCUCUGGAGAGCAGAGGCACUGCUUGUGUGAUUGCUAUUUACCCAUGUGAGACCAUUUCUGUGCAGGGCUCUUAUCUUUACGGUAUCACUGAUGUAGCUAAUGUAAGACUCUUGACAGUACUACUCACCUGUUAUUUAAAAUUAUAUGUCUGUAUCUCACAAAAUGAGUGAGAUACACUCAACAAAUCUAUGAUUCUAUGAAAGGGUUUUGUGUUGAACACCUUUUUUGCAUAGAUCAAGUGCCUACACUGAAAAAAUAUUAAUCUCCCUCUUUACAGUGGUUAAUAGUUUAUCAUCACCCUAAUGUAAAAGGUGAUACAGUGAGUUAGAAAGAAUGGGGAUUUUGGCAAAAGCUGCUUUCUCAUGGUAUUUUGUAGUAACAUAAGAGUAUGCGUCCGAGGAGCCUGUAGUUAAUGAAAUAGACUUAUCAUCACCUGCUUUCCCAUAACCAUAGGAAGCUUAGUCAGUUUAAUUUUAUUGAAUCAAUUUUGAGUGGUGAUUGGUUUCCAGGUAAGUAGCAGUGGGUCGUAAAUCCAACGCUCAGCUGUAGAAAUGGAGCAGUGUAGGACCUGGGGUCCCUUAGGACUUUACCUGGGGGUUUCUGGUAAAUCUCAUAUGAGCAACCUAUUUCCACACAGCUCAUCAACUACAUCAUCUCUCUGUCUGGGAAAUGGAAAUUAGAAUCAGCCUUAGUAAAUACAAUUAUUUUUCAGAGAUUUUUUAAAUAAUGAAGCAGAUGCUAUAAUGAGUGUGAUUACAUUGUUUUCUGUGUGCACAUGCAUUGAAAUCUUGAAUGAAAUGAGAACUGGGUCCCACGUCCUCCGUUUUUUGUGAUUUUUCAGUAGAUGAAUUUGGAGGACAGUUUUCAGGCUGGAAAUAUACUUAAAAUGCAAAACUUAAGAAAGGGCUGAUAGGACUGAAAACAUACAUACUCUUGAAUAAAGCGGUUCCCUCUGAUGAUGGUAAAUAGGUGCUAGUGCCACCAGAAGCAAGAUGUUUUACACUAGUUAAGAAGGUCAGAUAUUGACCUUGUACUCAGCAAUAUUGCAGAGGAACUUUACAUCUAACUAUCCUUUUUUUUUCUGACCCGUAUGAGCAUUACAGUUGUUCAGAUGUCCUCAUCUUGAGGUAAGCCACCUAUCAAACUGAAAAUGGAAAAGCAAGGCUAAAUCCGUGUGCAGUUAAAGUGGGACAAAAUCAAAGUUUCUACAACUCAGGAGAGAAUGUGCAAGGGGAAAAUGAAUCCAACUUUGAAAACUUGGUCUGAUUUUUUUGAGGGGAGGGAGGGAGGAAAGUUUCCCCUGCACUGCAUUCUUAUUUAAAACAAACAUCUACUAUACUUAUAAUAUGUUUUAUGCCCAAAUGUCACUGUACUCCAGGUACUGACCUGAGGCUACUAAAUAGCUUUUUGGUGUUCAUUUGAAUGUCUAAGUGGCAGACAUGUGGGACUAUCCUGGCCUAGCUGUUCAAGCAUAUUAAUCAUUACUUUAGGUGUCAAAGAACAAGUAAAAGUUGUAUUCUCCAUGUGCUGCCUCAUUAAGAAAAUGAUGUAUAUGUAUUUUCAAAAAGCAGUAACAGAAAACAGAAGGUUCUUUCUGAUUUAAUUAAUGCAUGUGCCCUUUUGGAGAUUCAUAGAUGCAAAAUCAAGCUUAGUCACAGAUCACAAUGAGCCACACUACGUGUAUUGACCUACUGAAGGGCAUGAAUUACUAACUUUGACAGCUUUAGAUAAUUCUGCGGCUUCCUGUCUUGAAUGCCAAUGACUUGAAAUUGCAGGAAGGGAGAGUCCCAGGAUUCCUGAGGGGCAUUUGAUCAAAUGAACUUAAGGUAUAUUGUCUUUUAAAUGGUAUCUCUUCUAGAGUCUGUGAGACAACUGCUUUCAGUUUUGAGGCACCAGCAUAACAAAGAUGUUGAAGAACCUGAAUACAGCAAGGGCCACCAAGAUGGUCAAGAGCUGGGGCAGAGAUUCUGGGAGGAGGAUAUGAGGGAGAUGGAUUUGUUCAGCUUCGAAAAGGGGUGGCUUUUGGGAACCAAAUGGUAGCCCUCCAAUGCUGCGGCAGAGGUUACUGAGAAGACAAAGCCAUACUCUUUGCCAAAAUGCACAGCAGGCGAUAGAUGGCAAACUAAGAAGGUUUCUAACUGGAUGUAAGGAAAGUCACUAUGGGGGAUAAUGAAGUAGUAGAAAAGGUUUCCCAGGGAGGUUUUAGUACAUCCAUCUCAGGAAGAUUAAAAAACCCAACUAAACAAAGCCCAGAGCAUUCUGAUCUGAAUUCAGUAUUGACCCCAAUUUGAGCAGCAAGCUGGACUUCUGGCAUCCCUUCCAUUCUGACUGAUUGCAUGUUCUCUGUGAUGACAGAAAAAAGAUUUACACAGACAGAAAUAUUUCACCUUCUCAUACUUGUGGGCAAAAAUUUGAGUGGUCAAAGAAAGUGUUUUGUAAGUUUUAUAAGGCUUUGAUAGGCAAGUCUGUGUACUAGAUUCCUCUGCAUCUAAUAAACUUUAAGUUUGACAUUAAAGCUGUAUGUGAUUUAUAAAGGAGCUGUCAGAAAGUUUAGGAUUUGUCAGAAAUUGUCUUGGAUGCCUGCUGUAACUGGCAUAGCCUUUUUACUGUUAGUAUUCUGUGUUUGCUUCCACUACAAUUGUAAUAGAAUCCAAUUUUCAGCCUUUCUUGUAAAUGUCCUUUCAGAAUUUUGAGGGCAAGAACUAAACUGAGGAGCUGAAUCAGUUCAUAUCACAGUUAAACACCUAAUCAGUUUAAGAUUACUUUGACACUUACAUUUAGACCACCGAGUUAAAUUUGAGGGAUGUGUAUCUGAUGAGAGCAUUGAUGGCUAUAUCUUAAAACUGUUAUGACAUACUGAUAGAGUGUUUCCAAAUGCCACAGAAAUAAUUUCACUGAAGUCAAUAGAGAGACAAAGAUUUAUCGUAGCUGUGGAUCUGUAGACAUAAAUAAAAUUUGUUCUCAUUUGACUGCUGUCAAAAUUUCAUGUCCUGGUUAAUUAGAAGGUAAUAAAUCUUGAAUGUCCCAAUCAUUAGAAAACUGUAGAAAAUGUUACAAAACCCAUGAAUAGUUGCUGUACUUACCUAAAUGGAUACCCCUCAGUCUGGACUACACAUGGUUCUAGUCAUCUGUAAAAGCCAGUAAGAACAUGUCUUGUUAGGUUUCUCCUGCUGCAGGCAGCCACAAAUCUUGUCUUAUUAGGAAAGAAUUUUCAGAAUGCAUUUUUUGGAAAAUAUGUUGUUUUCUUGCUUUUCCUUCUUUUAAUCUCUCAGGGUUUGGGGUUUUGUGUUUUGCUUUGGUUUUUUGGCUUUUUUUUUUUUUAAGUGCUGUAUAACAUCAUGGAACCAGAUUUGUAACCAAAGCCAGAUAAGUUUGCUUUUUUUUUUUAAUUCCACUGUCUCAUCUCAGAACCAAAUGGAGAUAUCCGAGUGUUGAGUCAAGGUGAUAAGCAGUAAAAUCUUUCUUAUGUUACACGCAGAAGAUGGAAUCUUUCCAGAACCUCUUAGGAAGGUAUUUUCUCAGUGGUUUGGGGUUUUUUAAUAUGCACAUGACUUAAGCUCAAUUCUAUAGAAUUAAAAUAACUAGCUCCCAUCCUAAACACUGGCCACUCUGAGUUUCAAAUUGUAGGUUUUAUCUGAAGAUUUUCGUAUAAAUAUCUUAUUGUGCUAUUCAUUAGUUGGUUUCUUUCCCUGCAAUAGAAACCUGAAAGAAGAGAAUUUAUUCUGCCAUUAAUAACUGGAAUACAGUAGAACCUGAUUUUUUUAUAUAUCUGGAGAGUAAAAGUAGUUUGAAUGUUCUCUUGUUCCUUAUUUCAUUGCAGUAUUUUGUGUAUGAAGCCACCAUUCAGCAGUGCUCUGAUGGGAAACCUAGAGAGCUCAAAAUGUGAUUGUGUGAAAUUACUGGAGCUCUUCCAAACAUGGAAACUUUAAUUAGCUUAAGUUUCAAAAAAACCAGCAUAACAUUUUAAGUGGAAGAUUUUUAAUCAUUCCUGCUGCUGCUGCAUAUUGUCCAUCCAGUUAGCCUCAAAAAUACCUGAUGUAUGAAAUAUUUCCUUCCAUUUCUUACAAACCUAGCAAAAACAAGUGUAACAUUUCAUUUUAAAUAUCUUAUUAGUAUUAAUUUGUUUAGGAUUUCUUAUAGUUAAAUUAAUCAUUGUUGUAGUCAUAUUUGGUAAAUUUUUGCAUGGCAUAUGUCUUUCACAUGGUAUUUACUGUGGUUUAGAACUAGCUCAGUUAUUAAAAAAAUUUGCUACUAGAAGAAAAAAUGAAACAGUGAAACACUUUUUACUUUAUCCUUACUUGUUUUCCUACUUCGUUUGCAACAUCUGUGAAUGAGCAAAACUGGUAGCAUUUGAACUAUGCAUUAUUUUUCAUAGAUCAAUGAGAAGUCAUGUAAACAGCUUCUGUUGACGACUUCUUGGGAACUAAACAAAGCAUUCACAAAAAGCUUGCAACUAUUGCUCUACAGUAGCUAGAUGUAGAAGAAAACAAGUCUUGGUGAGUUAGCAUGGAGAACAGUUCAGGUAUACUGAACUGUUAUAUACCUCCAGGUGCUUCUCAAGAAGAAAUAACCAUUUCAGGAAACCAAAGAAUGUUAACUGUCAUGUAUUUGCUGUGGGCACACCUGGAAAAUAAACUCAUACAAACAAGAAA